AUGUCCGAGCUCUUAGCGAAGGUGACCUCAGAGAGCCGGGAGAAGCUGUCAGCUGCAGAAGUGGACGACUUCUUUCGCGCGGAGCUCUGGCGACCCGAGCCGGGGGCCAGAUCUUUCCAGCAGCAGGUCUUGGAUCGUGCAGCCGAUCUUGCACCCUCAAGCAGCGCCGCGCCACCGGAAGGGCCCGUUACUCCGCCGAGGCGAGGUCGGCGUGUGGUGGUGGAGACCCCUUCGCCGCCUCCCGCCCCGCCCAGAGGCAGGAAAGGCCAGGCGGUGCCAGAGCCGGCAUCAGCGAAGCGCAAGCGGACAGAACCCGCGGGGAAAGGGAAAGGCGCAACCUCUCCGGGACAUCGGCUCACAGUGAAGUCCCCGAUGCCGAAAUCCAUCCUCAAGAAAGCUUCUCCCAAAAAGCAGAUCGAGAAGCCAAACACACUCCAGAAGUCAACGCCGCGGCAGAUUGCCAAGCUGCGACAGGUGGGAGCAUUGGCUCGGGUCUCGGUGGAUGCAUUUGCAUCCUCCGAAGCACAUGUGAAGAGAGAGGAGCCAGAGACUGCCGGCGGAAGGCCCAAAAGGCGAAGAAUGCCUCCGCUCCAAAGCUGGCGAAACGAGCGGGUGGUAUACGAACGGACGGCGAGCUCCCGAACUCCGCAGGUAGUGGCAGUCGAGCUGGAUAUGGCCCGUGCUUCCCAGGCCCCUGAUGGGAUGAGGCUACCUGCUGUGCAGCUACCCCUCUCCGACAUCGAAGCAUCGGAGUUUGCGGGCAUCACCACAAAGAAGAUGCAGAGCAAGGUCUACCAGCUGCCUGCCCGCCGCGCUGCGCUCCCAUGCACGAUUGAGCUUUGCGGUCCCGGCGUGAUUCAUGUUCUCGAAGGUUCCCUACGGUUUGCCAAGGAAACAGAUAAGAAGGAGAAGAUGGUGGAUGCUGGCACCACCAUACUUCUCAAAGAUGCAUCCAGUCACUUGUUGGCUUCGGCCGACAAGUUCGACAAGGGAUGGGAGAACUCAUCAGGAGUUCGUUUCUUCUGGGUGGGGAUAAGGUGA